AUCCAGUGGACAGUGGCCCUUCCCGGCGUGCAUGAGUGUAAGGGUGUGAGCGUGAGCGAGUGAGCGGCAGCGCUCCCACAUGGCCUCCAUGCAGGACGGGCUGAACUUCACGGCUCCUCCCUACGGCAAGGUCCUGCUGCUGGGCGUCAUCGCUGCUGCCUCGGCCUUCGUUGUUACCAUCCUCAUCGUGGUGCUGUGCGUGGGCUGCCAGAGCCAUCACUGUGAGAGAGGGUACACCCUGAACAGGAAGGCGAAGACACACAAUGUUCCCGGUGAAGGGGGCAAACAUCGUCUCAUGGAUAUGGGUAUUCUCAGGCAGUCAAAGCUGCGCUCCAUCAGUAAAUCAGACACUGAGAUGAACAAGAUGAACUGCAACGGUAAAAGCAGGCAGCUUCCGCAGAUCCCCUCUGGGACUGGAGAGGACAGCGAGCACACUUACUCUGAAGUGGGCCAGCGCUCCUCCGCUGCACGUACUGAUGAUUCCCUCUACGCCAUGGUAGGCAGGGCUGGGCAGACGGACACUCCAGCCCCACCAGCUGUACCUGCCAACACCCCGGCGCCUCCAGACCCAGAUGGGGACGUGGAAGAAGGGCUGCCUGAACCCGAGGCCCAGGUCGUGUCUGCCCCCCAUGCCCCAGAGACGGCAGAGUACGCCUGCGUCCGGAAGCUGAGGAAGGCAGACAAGGCACCUCAGAAGAGGGACAGCGGAACAGACAUGGCAGAACCGCCGGCUCCACCUCCCCGACACGCGCCGCCGUCACAUCCAGCCCCACCUCCACCACACCCCCACAGCACAAAGCUGCCUCGUAGGAACAUUGACGCCUUUAACGUCCCAUCAUUCCCAAAGGAAGUGAUGUUUAUGGGCAACGGAGAGCAGUACAUCUGGAAACCUCCAGAGGAGGACGACGUGCUGAUGCUCCAAAAUAAAGCUCUGGCUCCCCUGGGUGCUCAUACAGUGGAGAACAUACAGCCGUCUGCUGCGGCGGUUGCUGAGAUGUACUCUAAAGUGUGCAAACCUGGAAAGAAGAAGAGAGCCAUGCCAGGAUCUCCCCCGGCUAACCUUGGCUUUCGGACCUUAGGACGAGGGGACCGGGACCGAGACGGGGGUUUCAGCGUGGUGGUCAAACCUCAGACGUGGGCCCCCCAGGAGAGCAAAGCGAUGGGUAGGUCCCUGGAUGACCACUGCUAUGAGUCCAUCGGCACAGAGGAGUGUGAUCCGGCCUUUGACAACGUGGAGGGAGGUGGGGGCUGGAAGCGAGAGAGACCCCCCAACACAUGUGCCACAUUGCGGCCGAGGAGGAAAAAAGCCCAGCAGCCCUUGCAGCAGCAGCAUCCUCCUCCACCACCGCCAACCCAGCAGACCCCCAAGUUACAACACCUGCCCGCCAAAGCCCUGCUGCUGCCAGGAGAGAACCUGUACGAGAGUAUCGGCGACUUGAAGCAGGGCUCCGCCACGUCCAGCACCACCACCAUCUUUACGUUCAAUGAUGGCAUGGAGAUGUACGUAACAGGGCUCUGAGGCAGCAGCAGCACUGUGACUCUCACCUUUUUCUUCCAGCACAAGGAGCUGAGCUAACACCACACAGAGUGACUGCUGGGCCCCUGUCAUGCUCCCCCCAUUCAUACUGUUUACAUUGAAGUCCUAACAUCAAGCCUUUCACAGGCUCCAGAGGCCUUGGGGUAGUCAUGUUGAUUCGUUUUGACUUGGGCUGAAUACAAAGUCCUCAACCUUAAUGGAAUCCAAAGGUAGUGAACAAUAAAUGAGCACAAAAAUAUUGCAGAGCAAUCUGUAGGUAACAGUAGCACUUCAGUUUUACUGCUUCUUAUGUGCAAAGCACAAGAAAGUUAAACACCUAAAUUCUUCCUCAAUUUUAGCGAGUAAAAGUAAUCCUACACUUGGUCCAGAGUGGACCUCUUCUUAAAGGGAUCUCUGACUACUUGCACAUAUUGCCCUUAAUACAUUUUUAUUUCCUGAAUGGCACAAUGACGCAGAAGUUAAAGCUACCGCCUAUCAGUGAGAAGGUUGAUGAUUCAAAUGCUGGCUGGGAGCCUUUCUGGGUGGAGUUUGCAUGUUCUCUCUGUGCAUGCUUGGGUUUUCU